AGCACCGGAAGCGCAGCACACUUGGUUCUCCCAGGUGGUGGAGAGGAUGGCCUCCUUCUCCGAACUCGGGCUGUCAUCGUGGCUCGUGGAACAAUGUCGACAGCUGGGUUUGAAGCAGCCUACGCCCGUGCAGCUCGGGUGCAUUCCCGCCAUCCUGGAGGGUCGAGACUGCCUGGGCUGUGCCAAGACCGGCAGUGGCAAGACAGCAGCGUUCGUCUUGCCCAUCUUGCAGAAGCUCUCUGAGGACCCGUAUGGCAUCUUCUGCCUCGUCUUGACACCUACCAGGGAGCUGGCGUACCAGAUCGCGGAGCAGUUCCGGGUCCUGGGAAAGCCCCUGGGUUUGAAAGACUGCAUCAUCGUCGGAGGCAUGGACAUGGUAGCACAGGCACUUGAACUCUCUCGGAAGCCACACGUGGUCAUCGCCACGCCGGGGCGCCUGGCUGAUCACCUCCGAAGCUCCAACACCUUUAGUAUCAAGAAGAUCCGUUUCCUGGUGCUGGAUGAGGCAGACCGCCUGCUGGAACAGGGCUGCACAGACUUCACCGCAGACCUGGAGGUCAUCCUGGGGGCCGUGCCCGCUCGCAGGCAGACGCUGCUGUUCAGUGCCACGCUGACCGACACACUCCGUGAGCUCCAGGGCCUGGCCACCAACCAGCCCUUCUUCUGGGAGGCGCAGGCACCGGUCCGCACAGUCGAACAGUUGGAGCAGCGCUACCUUCUGGUGCCCGAGAAGGUGAAGGAUGCCUACCUGGUGCACCUGAUCCAGGGCUUCCAGGACGAGCAUGAGGACUGGUCCAUCAUCAUCUUCACCAACACGUGCAAGACCUGCCAGAUCCUGUGCAUGAUGCUACGCAAGUUCAACUUCCCCACCGUGGCGCUGCACUCGAUGAUGAAGCAGAAAGAACGCUUUGCUGCUCUGGCCAAGUUCAAGUCCAGCAUCUAUCGGAUCCUGAUUGCAACAGAUGUGGCAUCUCGGGGUUUGGACAUUCCCACUGUGCAGGUGGUCAUCAACCACAACACUCCCGGGCUCCCCAAGAUCUACAUCCAUCGUGUCGGCCGCACAGCCCGUGCAGGGCGGCAGGGCAUGGCCAUCACACUGGUGACGCAGUACGACAUCCACCUGGUCCAUGCCAUCGAGGAGCAGAUCAAGAAGAAGCUGGACGAGUUCUCAGUGGAAGAGGCAGAGGUGCUGCAGAUCCUCACGCAGGUCAACGUGGUGCGACGGGAAUGUGAGAUUAAACUGGAAGCCACCAACUUUGAUGAGAAGAAGGAAAUCAACAAGCGAAAACAGCUGAUCCUGGAGGGGAAGGACCCUGACCUGGAGGCCAAGCGCAAGGCCGAGCUGGCCAAGAUCAAGCAGAAGAAUCGGCGCUUCAAGGAGAAGGUGCAACAGACGCUACAGCGGCAGAAAACCAGCAAGGGGCACAAGAAGCGCCCACCCAGGGCCCAAUCAGGGCCCCACACGACUCCACCCAGCCAAGCCCCGGCCUGA